AUGCCUCGAGGUCAGAAGAGUAAGCACCAUGCUCAUGCAAAACGCAACCAGGCCUGUGGUGAUGCUCAGGUUUUUGGAGGUGCUCAGGAAUCAGCAAAGGCAUCAGCCCAUGAAGCAGCAGAGGCUGGAGCUCAGAAAGCAGAAGAGUCCUCUGCUUCCUUCCUGAGCCAGUCAGAUUUUGAGUUAGCACUUCAGGAAGUAAAAGACUCAGUCGUGAGUACUGUGAUCCUUUCUUGCUCUGCAUCAGAUAAAAGUUUCUAUGAAGAAUUUGAUGAACAUGAGGAAAAGAUAAUAUUUCCUGAGGUCGGAUGCCUCAGUUGGAGUCCAUACCAAAGGCUCCUAUCCAGGAAGGCGCUACUGCUGUUGCACCUCCUGCUCAGCAACUACGAGAGGAGGCGGCUUAGUACCAAAGAAGAAAUGCUGAAUUUGCUCACCAAGAGGCAUGAAACGGAUUUUCCUGAGAUCCUCCGGAGGGCCUCCGAGAAGCUCGAAAGAGCCUUUGCAGUUGAAGUGAGAGAAGUCGACUCCAGUGGUCCUACAUACAACCUUAUCAGCAUGCUGAAACUCCCCAACAACGGGAGGAUUCGUGCUGGCAAGGGCUUACCCAAGACCGGUUUCCUGAUGAGUAUCCUGGCCAUCAUCUUCAUCAGGGGCAACUCUAUCAGUGAAGAAGACAUGUGGAAAAUCCUGAAGAAGCGUCAGAUCUACCCUCGGAGGAAACAUCCCAUCUAUGGAGAGCCUCGGAAGCUUAUUACCGAGCAUUUUGUGAGGGUGAAGUACCUGGAGUACCGACAGGUGGCCGGCAGUGAUCCUCCACGCUAUGAGUUCCUGUGGGGUCCCCAAGCCCAUGCAGAAAAGGUGAAAGUCCUGCUGUAUUUGGACAAGAUCAACAGCACAGCACCUAGUGCCAUCUCAACCACUUGUGAAGAAGCAUCUCAAGAAGCACAUGACCAUUAG